GGCUCGCCCCGACCGUUGGAGAACGGACGGCUACCAUGGAAGGGAUGGCAUUUAGGUCGUCGUUCUUAGUUUGCUGCACCCAUCAAUUCGUUCCUCACUUCUCUCCUGCCCACCGUACCUAGUAUUUCCCGAGGUCAACGUAGUCGCAGCUUGGGCGACGUCACAGAACCAAAGGCCGCAGGGGUGCUCGGCUGAAGGGGUCUUCAGUGGCAGCCCCUCGCCAAUCCCAGGAGCUCCCCCGCAUGUGACACUUGAUUGCUGAUUCGCGCGGCGCGUGAUGCAGCCACUUGCUCAAAAAGGCUCAUGGGAAGGUCACGGUAGGUGCGACGCAAAGCACGUCAAUUGGUUAAACACGAAAAAAGUCCCUCUUGCCCGAACAGAAGAAAAUAUUGGCCAUCGCCGACGGCGACUUGAAGAUUCAACUCUCUCCAUCCCUCCACCGCGGCCGCUAACGGCAUUCUCCAUAGAUUCGGAAACACCUAAUUCUUCUCCGUCUUUGCAACCUUAUCCACCUGCGGGGGAGUGCUGGGGAGCCCUCAGCUCUGGAGCCUUGGGGCUUGGCAAGCCCGUCAUCGCUGGUGGUCGCCACGUCCUCCUCCACGUUGCCGAUCAAGCCGUCCAGGGAACUGGGCUGCAUCACACUGCUCAUCUGGAUGGUGGCUGUCCCUCGUUCCUCGGCCGCCCUCGGGAUCUUCCUGCCCUAGAUUCCCCAUCCGCCCGUAGCUGACGAGGGUUUUGUAUAGUAAACUUUUUCAUUGGAUUUUAUUGCAGCUCGCAAGUGUACUACUGCAAGACGGCAGGCUGGCAACCCCUUCUUAUUUGGCAUCCGGCAACUCACCGGGGAGCCGGCAGGGCGACAGGAAAGGGUGUAUUCCUAUCUGUCUGGCGCUGGCUUUGUUGCACAGCCCUCACGGCGUGUCUGACAGGACUUUGAGCACAUGGAAACAGGCUGAAUCCCACCUCACUUGGCUUCCCACACACCUGACAACCAACAUUCCGAGAUCAAUGAAAGCCCUGCCUUCAAGGUCCAUCAAAGGAGCAAGCACCACACCCUCCUUCUCGCCGCCGUCAUCAGGUACGUGUGGCACUGCUUUUCUUUGUGCCUAUUAGUCGCAUCCUGUCACUCUGAAUAGGCGAACAUGGGUCCCCCACGUCUCCGCGGACGGUAAAGCCUUGUCCGCCCCGGACAGCCGCAUGAUCCCUGCCUCCCCCUGCCUCGGCCAUGCGGAGGAUGAAGAGUCUGCGGCGUCAGCCCCCGUCAAGGCCACGGGGUAUCCCCUUUGGGCUACCCGAAUGCUCCGUCGCUGGAGUCUUGACCACUCAUGCUAGUCCUCGUGAAGGGGUGCCUCCGAGAGCCGGCUGGCAGUUGUGCCAACUAGUCCCACACCCAAUCCCUCUCCCUUAUCCAUCCCACAUGUCAGUCUUGUUGGCACGAACGGCUGCACCCACCACCCCUUGGGCUACUGCGUACCUGCCUGGUCCCUUCCCGCUCUCCUCGCCCACUCGCUUCAGCGCCGCGGUACCUUUGCUAUUGCCGAGCCGUUCCAUACAUAAUACCCCUUGACGUCCCCGUGCUUCCUCGGCGCGUCUAGCCGGAGGGCUGUGCUCUGCUCCAUACUGCUGCCUACAUCUAGGUACAUAUCAACCUCACCCCCUCAUGCACUUGCUCCUCCUCAUUCUGUCUGCGAUGUCUGCCAUCUCCCCUUCGCUCUGCACCACCCUCCAUAUCCCCGCCCAGUAGCCUAGCUGCGAUAGCCUGCCAGACCUCAGUGGGAUGCCGUCCUAUUGUCUCCACGAUUGUCACUACUUCUACCGCACCGCCCUGCGCGGUCUCAACAUCUGCACCUCCGUCUCGCCCCUGUUCGCGUGAUUCAGAGCCUAGUCGAUGCUGAUGAACGAACGCUAUGCCAACCCCAGUCCGCCGCUUCGCCCAGCCCAGGUCUCUUGAUGAGACCCUUGCCUCUCGCAACGCCCCGCCAGAGCCCACACCAAACUGCGCCCCUGUGUACGCCGAGAUAGGCAAGUCAUCGCCAAGGCCAUCAACCUCGGCCCUAUCGCCGAGCGCUCAGAAAAGGGACGACAUGUCUCUGUACAAUCAAAAGAUUUUAGAGGAGGGCGGCAUCACGUUUGCCGCCCAGGACAAGCUCCCAAAACUUCCCAUUCCCGACUUGGAAAAGACGUGCGAAAAGUACCUGGCAGCGCUGAGGCCGCUUCAGUCACCCCGAGAGCACGCCGAGACCAGGCACGCCGUCCGAGAGUUUAUGCGGGCAGAAGGACCUGAACUCCAGGAGAAGUUGAAGAAAUACGCCGAGGGAAAGUCCAGUUACAUCGAGCAAUUCUGGUACGACUCAUAUCUGAACUUUGAUAACCCUGUCGUCCUCAACCUGAAUCCGUUCUUCUUGCUCGAAGAUGACCCAACGCCGGCAAGGAAUAACCAGGUCACACGUGCGGCGUCCUUGGUCAUAUCGGCGCUCGAGUUUGUGCGCGCCGUGAGGAAAGAGGAGCUGCCACCUGACAAGAUCAAGAACACGCCGCUAUGCAUGUAUCAAUACUCGCGCUUGUUCGGGACAGCCCGAGUCCCAACGGAAAACGGCUGCCAAAUCGAGCAGGAUCCGAACUCGAAGCACAUCAUCGUCAUGUGCCACGGGCAGUUCUACUGGUUCGAUGUUCUGGACGAUAAUUCGGACCUUAUCAUGACCGAAAAGGACCUGUCCAUCAACCUCCAGACAAUUGUCGACGACGCUAUAUUGACGCCGAUACAGGAGGCCGCCAAGGGGGCGUUGGGGGUGCUUAGCACGGAAAACCGCAAGGUGUGGUCGGGGCUCCGAGACAUCUUGAUGCGGGAAGAGGGAUCCAACAACGCUGAUUGCCUCGGCAUCGUCGACUCGGCCCUCUUCGUGCUCUGUCUUGAUUACACAGAACCGACGACGGCGGCGGCUCUCUGCCAGAACAUGCUCUGCGGCACCAGCGACAUAGAAAAGGGCGUGCAGAUCGGCACCUGCACGAACCGGUACUACGACAAGCUGCAGAUCAUUGUGUGCAAGAACGGCAGUGCUGGCAUCAACUUUGAGCACACUGGCGUGGACGGGCACACCGUGCUCCGGUUUGCGAGCGAUGUCUACACCGACACUAUCCUGCGGUUCGCGCGUACCAUCAACGGGCGCUCGCCCACGCUCUGGGCGUCGACCAGUCCGGACCCGUCCAAGCGCGACCCGGAGAGCUUCGGGGACGUUAAUCCCACGCCGCACAAGCUCGAGUGGGACCUGACGCCCGAGGUCAGUAUCGCCGUGCGCUUCGCCGAGACACGUCUGGCCGACCUGAUCGGGCAGAACGAAUUCGAGUGCCUCGAUUUCCAGUCGUACGGAAAGAACUUCAUCACCUCCAUGGGCCUCUCGCCCGACGCCUUUGUGCAGAUGGCGUACCAGGCGGCCUACUACGGUCUGUACGGGCGCGUCGAGUGCACGUACGAGCCAGCAAUGACUAAAGUGUUCCUGCACGGCCGCACCGAGGCGGUGCGGCCCGUGACGGGCGAUUCGGUCAACUUCAUGCAAACAUUCUGGGGCGACAACCCGGCCGAGGCCAAGGUGGAGGCCUUGAGGACGGCGUGCCGGCGCCACGUCGACAUGACGCGCGAGUGCGCAAAGGCACAGGGCUGCGACCGACAUCUCUACGCUCUAUUCUCGCUCUGGCAGCGGCUGGCGGAUGAGGAGGCCUCGGCAAACAGCCGUGGGCCGCCCAGCACAAACGGAUAUUCGAGCCCCAUGAGCAAUGGCACCGCCUCCUCGCCCGUCAUGGAUGAUGAUGUGUGUGAUGCAACGUCGGUGCCUGGUUCCCCGUUGCUGCCGGCGCUGGCGGUGGGGAGCAGCAAGCUGGACGAGGAGGAGUCGCGACAGCAGCAGAAUGGAGUCACGCGGGAAGUAGACGACAGCACGACAUCGUCGCGGUCACUCAAGCACGCCAUGAUGGACAAGCACGUGCCGGACCAGAACGGCGGCAGGUCGCAAAUGAUGGCGCCGACGCGCGAGCGGGGUGAAAGCACUUCGACGACGCGGUCUGUGAAGUUUGCGCCGCUCCCGCUUAUAUUUGCGGACUCUGGCUGGGACAAGCUCAACACGACGAUCCUGUCGACAUCCAACUGCGGAAACCCGUCGCUGCGCCAGUUCGGCUUUGGCCCCGUGUCGGGCGACGGCUUCGGCAUCGGCUACAUCAUCAAAGACGACAGCAUCUCGGUCUGCGUCUCGAGCAAGCACCGGCAGACCAGGCGGUUCGUGGACGCGCUCGAGGGCUACCUGCUCGAGAUACGCCGGGUGCUGCGCAUCACGUCGCGCAAGGGCGCCGUCGCGCAGGGCAGCGGUGGCCUGCCGGCCCCGUCGUCCAAGCAGACGCGCGCGCGCGAGGUGGACGGCAUCAGGAGCCGCCAGCAGCUGGCGCAGCAGCAGCAGCUCCGCAGGGACCAGCGGGCGGCGGCGCGGCCGCCGCCCAACCGGUUCAAGUCGAGGGGCAGGAUGAUCACGGGGUCCGAGAUGAUUCGGUCGCAGCGCUCGGCCACGGGCACGACGUCGCCGACGACGGACAGCAUCGCCAUGAGCGAGGACGAUGAGCUUGGUGGAUAUGGCUUCUUCGACGCUGGCAUGCUUCUGCAGGCCCUCAAGGCGCGCAACACGCAGUUCGACACCGGGGAGACGCGAGCCUCGGAGAGGGCGGCGGUGCAGGCUCGGAGGAACAAUGUCGGAAAGAAGCUGCGGCUGAUUGAUUAUUAGCUCCAACGCACAAUCUAACUUGGUGUCGACUAUCUCUUGUUGAGCUUGGCUCUGGCUUGCUCCAUCUCACUUCGGAUUUUUCUACUAUGUACGUCUAGCGUAAGUACCUCUUGGUAGGGAGGGGUUCGGUCGGUUUGGUUAGAAAUUGGUUACUAGUUGGGAUAUCCUUCGUUUAUUAUGAACUAUCGUAUGGCCGCAAACUCCCAUUCUAGAUGAGUAGCAUUACGAAGAGCGUCUUCACGUGUUAG